AUGGACGAUGUGCCCCCUCCCCCUCCGCCUCAUGGCGGUCCGGGUGGAGUUCCUAGGUCGGGCGGCCUGCCCCCCGGCAGAUAUGACAUCUUUGUCAUCCCUGAACACUCGGCCGGCUCCGGCUUUCUGUAUCUCCCUUCUCUACAGCCCAACGUGAACAGUUUCGUUGCCGGCUUUGCCUCGGCCCUUGUCUUCGUCGUGCUGGGCCAGACCAUGGGCCCCGCCUUCCGCGUCUGGUGGGAGAGCUUCCAAGGCAUUGGCGACGUCGGUGUAGUCAUGCUGGUGCUGGGCGUCGGCUUCGGUUCAUGGGCCAUCGGCCGCACACAGCAGGAGGGUGCCCCGCCGUUUGGCUCUGGCUUCGGCAAGCCCAAACCCGACGCAUCCUUUGGAGGCUCCGCUGGAUUCGGCAGGGCACCGCCCCCGCAUGCCCCCCCAAACGAUGAUGUGCCCCCUCCGCCGCCUCCGCAUGGCACUCCCCCCGGUGGAGGGCAGCGACCCUUUGGGGGUGGCGACCCUGGUGCACCGCCUUAUGGCAGGCAGCACAGCGGGGGAUACUAUUCUCGUUCGAACACACCACCGCCGCCACGGUCAGGGGCCCGUUCUCCUCCCUACCAGGCCCCAAAGCAGGAGGCACCACCUCCACCCCAAACACGCAGACAAGAACAACCGAAGCCGAAGCCCGACCCUCCGAGAGCUGAGCCUCCCAUGCCCGACACAUCAAAGGCUGAGCCUACCAAGCCCGAUGCGCGAAGGAAGGAGCCUACCAAGCCAGACGCGCGAAGGAAGGAGCCUACCAAGCCCGACGCGCGAAGGAAGGAGCCUCUCAAGCCCGACCCUCCGAAAGCUGAGCCUCCCAUGCCCGACACGUCAAAGACCGAGCCUGUCAUGCCCGACACUCAAAAGAAUGAACCUCCCAGACCCGACACUCCAAAGAAGGAGCCUCCCAAGGCCCAGCCNGACACGUCAAAGACCGAGCCUGUCAUGCCCGACACUCAAAAGAAUGAACCUCCCAGACCCGACACUCCAAAGAAGGAGCCUCCCAAGGCCCAGCCUCAAGCGGACACACCGAAGUCUACCUGGGAGAAGGCUCGCGACCAAUACAAGGACUCAUGGGAAAAGGCUAGAGAGGAGACACGUAGAAAGGAAGAGGAGCGCAAGGCCAAAGAGGCUGAGCAGAAGCGCCGUGAGGAGACAGCUAAGAGGCUGGCUGAGCUACGUGCCAAGGAGGCCAAGGAACGCCAGCAGCGAGAAGCUGAAGCGGAGAAGAAGAGGCGCGAAAAGGAGGCAAUCGAGGCAGAGCAACGGCGCAAGAAGGAGGCAGCCGAGGAGGAACAACGACUCCAGAAGGAGGCGGCCGAACGGGAACAACGACUCCAGAAGGAGGCGGCCGAACGGGAACAACGACUCAAGAGGGAGGCGGCCGAACGGGAACAGCGUCUCAAGAAAGAGGCAGCCGAUAGAGAACAGCAGCGCAAGAGAGAGCUCAUCGAGGCCAUUGCCAAGCUCGAACGGGAAAAGAUGGAGAGGGCAAGGCAGGAUAAGGAGAGGAAGGAUCGCGAGCAGAGAGAACGUGCGCAGCGUGAGCGCGAACAACGAGAGCGAGAAGAGAAGCAGAAGGAGGAGGAGGCGGCGGCGGCGGCGGCGGCAGCAGCAGCAGCAGCAGCAGCAGCAGCAGCAGAGAAACCCAGAGAAAAUACCGGCUAUGCCUUCUCAGGCGUGGGCGAAAAGAUGAGCAUGUGGCCCAACGGUAAACCUCCCUCCAUUCCGAAGCACUCACCGGCACCGUCGACGACAUCGACCAGAAACGCGCCUCCCCCCAGCCCGGAGAGGAGAGGUCCGCCGCCACCAACGGCCAAAUCCUACGUGAGCGAGGAGACGCACUCGUUCCGGCCCUACGACAAGCCUCCCAGGUCGACACGCAAGAAGUCGUUCUCAUCGUACACCGGUUCUGAGUCAUCAUGGGCACCCUCCCAGACGACGCACCGGACCUCGCCGCCCCCCUCGAUGCGGGGCCCCUACACGACCAAGAACCCGGACAAGAUUGUCAUUGCGGGCGUGUACCUCUUCAUGAACCAGUUCGCCAAGACGCCGGCCAGCCAGCUCAUCUCGGGAGUCGGCAGCGUGACGGAUGGGCUCAUCCUCCGCAUCACGACAGAGGGCCUCUUCAUCGACGAUGAUGUCCGCGGCGUCCCCCAGCGCGAGUGGGACGUCAAGGCCUGGACCCUCAAGCAAGUUGAGGUAUGGUGCCCCCCGCACUGCGAGAAUUGGUCGUCCCGGGCCAGCUCCUCUGCGCAGUCGUCCUCCCAUCCCACCCCCAAUCUGCUCCACAAGAUGGCCCAGUCCCGCAACGCUCGCACAUCCGUCGAGGACGCGUCGUGCCUCAAGGGCGAGGAGGCAGACGUCUACCUCACCGACCUGGUGCGCACGUGCAACGGCUGCUGCCGUCUCGGUCAAUGCGGGUCCAGGUUUCGUUCUUCCAAGUCAUCGACUAACACUCGCUCUGCAAUGUCCGGCCAGACGGGAGACUGGAAGGCACACGGUCUGCACGUCGUGCGGGCCACUCUCAGGGAUCAGGGGUCGAAGAGGUACCUCUUCGUCCUGGAGGAGGAGGAAGCCUGGAAGGUUGGCGUUGGCUUGCAGCGUCUUCGGAAGGGUACUCAGGUCAGGCAGCUUGGUGUGGGUAGUAUGACGCCGAAUGAUGCCAAGGCCACGCUUGAGAUGUUGGGAUGGUGA